UUCUGUGUGAUCAAUUUUGUGAUCAUGUUUGUUAACAUUUGUUGUGUGUUAUCAUUUUUAUCAAAAAUCCUCUUAUACGUCGCCCUGACGGCUACUAUUAUUGUUAUCGUAUUAAAGUUAUGGCUCGAACCAACUAAAGGUGUCUGCAGAUGCAAAACGAAGCUCAAAGGCAAAGUGGCUCUCGUGACUGGUGGAAAUUCAGGCAUAGGAUUAGAAACAGCAAGAGAUCUAGCCAGGAGAGGAGCAAGAGUAAUUAUCGCCAGCUCUAAUGACGAAAAAUCUAAGUUAGCUGUUAAAGAUAUCAUAGCUACAACUGGAAACAUAAACGUCGAAUACAGACAUUUAGAUUUAUCUAAAUUCAGAAGUGUUACAAAAUUCGCUGAAGAUUUCAAGAAAACAGUUAAUCGAUUAGAUGUUUUAGUUAAUAAUGCGGGUUUUGCCGGUGCAGAAACUAUAACUGAAGAUGGAAUGAAUGUAGUUAUGCAAAUCAACUAUUUGGGGCCGUUUUUACUUACAUCUCUACUUAUUGAUAAGUUAAUUGAAUCAAGACCGAGUAGAAUUGUCAUUGUUACUUCUUGUGCCCAUCAAGUUUCCUAUUUCGAUCCUGAAGAUCUACCUGGAUUGAAAGACUUGUUUUGUAGCGUUAAAAUUAAAGGUUACGAUGUUAUUUUUAAGGACAACGCUACUAUGUGGUUUAGAUAUGCCAAUAGUAAAUUAUGUGACGUGCUUUGGACUAAAGCCUUGUCAAAGAGAUUACCUAGUGGUGUCACAGUGAAUUGCUUGCAUCCUGGUGUUGUUUAUACAAACAUUUUCAACAAUGUUCAUCCUGUUAUAAGAAUUCCAGUAUUGGCAAUGAUUAAGUAUGCAUUUUUCAAGAAUGCAGAAGAAGGUGCACAAACAACAAUUCAUUUGUGCGUGAGUUCUGACGUAGAAAACGUGUCGGGGGAAUAUUUUUCUGAUUGUAAAGUUAGUCAAAUGUCUAGAAAGGCGAGUGAUAAUAAUCUAGUGGAUAAAGUUUGGAAUGACACUAUUAAAUUGAUUCAAAAGACGACUAAUUGUGAUCCUCGGCUUUUAAGCCGAUUGAAAAGUUCGAAAUAG